CGACGGAGGCCCUGGACGCACCACGCUGGCCGCCGUCGAAACUUCCAUGUGUCCGGCAGGGCCCUCGGCCAUGGCGGCUCCCAACGCCACGGCAGCAGCAUGGGCCAACACCAGUGUGCCCGAGAUGCCCCUGUUCCACCUGUUUGCCCUGCUGGACGAGGAGCUGCACGUGGGCUUCCCAGGCCUGUGGCUGGCGCUGAUGGCGGUGCACGGCGCCAUCUUCCUGGUGGGGCUGGUGCUCAACGGGCUGGCUCUUUACGUCUUCUGCUGCCGCACCCGGGCCAAGACGCCGUCGGUCAUCUACACCAUCAACCUGGCCGUGACGGACCUGCUGGUGGGCCUGUCCCUGCCCACCCGCUUCGCGGUCUUCUACGGCACGCGCGGCUGCCUGCGCUGUGCCUUCCCGCACGUCUUCGGCUACUUCCUCAACAUGAACUGCUCCAUCCUCUUCCUCACCUGCAUCUGCGUGGACCGCUACCUGGCCAUCGUGCGGCCCGAUGGCGCCCACCGCUGGCGCCAGCCCGCCUGUGCCCGGGCCGUGUGCACCCUCGUGUGGCUGGCGGCCGGCGCCGUGACCCUGUCCGUGCUGGGAGUGGCGGCCGGCGGCAGGCCCUGCUGCCGCAUCUUCGCGCUGACCGUCCUCGAGUUCCUGCUGCCACUGCUGGUCAUCAGCGUGUUCACGGGCCGCAUCGUGUGUGCCCUGUCGCGGCCAGGCCUGCUGCACCAGGGCCGCCAGCGCCGGGUCCGGGCCGUGCAGCUGCUGCUCACCGUGCUCGUCAUCUUCCUCGUCUGCUUCACGCCCUUCCACGCCCGCCAGGUGGCCGUGGCGCUGUGGCCCGACGUGCCGCGCCCCGGGAGCCUUGUGGCCUACCACGUGGCCGUGACGCUCAGCAGCCUCAACAGCUGCAUGGACCCCAUCGUCUACUGCUUCGUCACCAGCGGCUUCCAGGCCACCGUCCGCAGCCUCUUCCGCCGGCGCGGGGCCGAGUGCGAGCCCAGCAGCGGCGACGCGGUCACCAUGCACAAGAGCUCCAAGGGCCUGGCCCCCCAGGGCCUCGGUGCCCGCGCCCUCCCGCAGGCCCUGGCUAACGGGCCUGAGGCUUAGUCGGUGAGACUCUGCAAGGGGGCAAGAGGCCACGACUGGGCCGACCAGGGUUCAGAGGACCCUCCUCGAGCCGGGCAGGGUCGGCCCAGACACCUGCUGUGUGCGGGUGGCCAAUCAGUGUCAUCCUGAUCGAUGGGUGAUGGCUGCCCGGGGUCCUGCACUGAGAUUCAAGGCCGUGGUGCUGCGGUUGAUUAGCAGUGUCUGGCCUGGUCUCCGGUGGGGUGGGGUGGCCCGAGUGCCAAUUAUUGGCCUUCCCUGGGGCAGUUAUGUGUAUUGAAUACUCAGAGAGGUGGCCGGGAGCUUCUUGCCUGGGCCAUUUUGCCCCCAGAAGGGGUUCUUCAGAAAGAGAGCAUUUUAGCUCCAGGGCUAAAGAACAACCUAAGGCCGUAUUCCCCCUCCCGCCACUGAGGCGGACGAACAAGGACGGAGAGGAAAUGGCAGGAGACGUUUUAUGAAUGGAGGGAGGGGUGCGUGUCCCUGUAGGUGCCCCGCCGAGGCAGCCACAGGGGGUUUUCCCCGGGAGCGAGUGCUUUGAUAACCGGCGCAAUCCCAGAGGAGAGGCUGCCCAGUGCUGGGGGGUUGGCACACAGCCGCUGGAGGUGGCAAUGGCUCUUCUAGAGCCCCUGUGCUUGCCCCCAUGGACAUUGCCCCAAUCUUUCCAAAGUCCCCCGGCUCCAGGAAUGCUCUCGGCAGAUCCCGCCUGCUGCCCCCGAGGACCACCGGGCUCCCGCCUCCAUGUAUGGAUGGGAAAUGCAAGACCAGAGGCUGUGGUGACCCACGCCCGGGCCAAGGCCAGGUCUCGCCAUGCCCGGAGCCCUCUGUCCUCCCCUCCAGGGCCAGCCGAGGCCUCCGAUCACCUUCUCCGAGCUGGACUCCAAGACUGCUUCCCACGUGCCUCCCGCUAAGUGUCUAAGCUCCAUGAGCCCUUUCCAGACUACGGGGGAGGACCUGGGAGGGGACAGGGCCUCUGGGCAUGUGGUGUCCUCCAGCCCCAGGCUGGCCCUUGCACUUGGCCACCACCCCUAGAGCAGAUGAGAUGCUUUUCAAGGGGCUGGAAUCUGAGCCCCAGGUGUGCCCCCUGUCUGCAUGUGUGGGGUGACCAGUGGCCUCUGUUGAUGGGAGCAGGAGGGUAGGGGGUGCGGGGUGGCAGUGACCAGGGCACCCCAGCUUGGCUCCAGGCCGAGUAUUCUGUCCCCCAAGGUGCAGCGCCCGGUGGAGAGGGGCCUGGGUGUGUGGCUGGAAAGUCACUUACAUCCCCAUUACACCGAUGAGGACGUGGAGUGUGCAGCAGGGUACCCCAAGGCCGGCACUGGAGCCCCGUGCUCCAGGAGAAGAGAGGACACCAUGGGGGACCCAUGACUC